ACCAAGAGGAGCGCGAGCGCACUUAUAUAGCUACAUGUGUAGGGGCAGUACGCACGUUCAGGACACACACACACACACACACACACAGCCACGACACCUUGGAUGAAACGUGUUUGCAUUGCAGGGAAAUUAAAUAAAUAAACAACAUGCAGCAUCCUCUACACCGCUUCCACACGAAAGGCGCGUCUACUCCAUCUGGCUGAUUUUCCUGAUCAUUUCACAAAUUUUACACGUUGUAUGGAUGUUUUUUGUUUAACCUUCUCGACAAUUGCACAUACACUAAGACGGACAUAAGGCACAGUGUUUUGAACGUCGAAUGGCACGCGCUCGGCUCGGAAGGAGAGAACAGGGCAAUGCUUCCACCUCAUGUUUCCUUUCAUGGAUCACUCAUGAAGCAAACUAGUGCCUGGACAGGGACCAUCCUCAUCAUCAGCGCUCACUAGGCCAGAAUGGAAUCAGGGCUCAGAACUGCCCCCAGAGCAGAAGAGGAGAAAGCUCCUCCUGCUCAGAGAAAAUUAUCAAGAGCAGGUGGUGGUGACCUGGGGCCUGAGUGCUGCAAAUGCAACGGUCAGAUCAACACCCGAAGCGUAAUGGUGGAGACCAAGGAAGGACGGGUGUCAGUGUACUCAGCCCCACAGUAUCAGAGCCAGGUGGUGGUCAGUUAUUCUCCCGAGCAUGCAGAUCAGGACAGAAAUGGGCACCAUCCGCAACUGCUCAACCCCAGUGCCUUGCCCCAGGCUCUGGACCCUUUUUAUAAGCCCAACCUCAUCCUGUACCCUGAAGGAGUUCUGAAAGUGUGGGGGGAGGGAAGCGACUGCUGUGAGACUACGUUCAUUGAGGACAUGGCUCCUGCUAACUCUGCUGCUACGGUUACUAAAGAUGGGCUCAUGUUCACUGACAAGAAAUUCCUGGAUUUAUCUAUGGAGGAUACCAAGAUUCAUACACUGUCGUACGAUGUGGAUGAUGACGAUGAGUUUGAAGAGCUGGAGAGUGAGUACUCAAGUGACUCAGAGAGUGAGGACAACUUCCUAAUGAUGCCCCCGCGAGACCACCUGGGCCUCAGUGUGUUUUCAAUGCUGUGCUGCUUCUGGCCGCUGGGCAUCGCAGCCUUCUACCUGUCUCAUCAGACUAACAAAGCAGUAAAUAAAGGGGACUUGCACCAUGCCAGCUCCAGCUCCAGACGUGCUCUCUUCCUGGCUGUGCUGUCCAUCACCAUCGGUACCGGCAUCUACGUUGGCGUAGCAGUGGCUCUUAUUGCAUACCUUUCCAAGAACAACCACUUGUAGCCUUGCCUUGCCUCCCAUCUUGCCACUGACUGUUGAUGUGGAUUUACUGUAAGGGCCACUUAUGGGUAUUGCACUGAGUAAUGAUCUACAUACUCUACAGCACUUUUAUGAAUCACAUGGAAUUUUUGAGUGGAUCCUCAUUUGUAAACAUUGUGACAUUGUAAAUCAUGGCAUUCCUUUUUCGUAUUCACUGUUUAUCACAGUGGCAAUUGUGUUGAGAUACUGUAGUAAUAGACUUUAAUACCAAGGCAACUACUUUGAUCGUAUGCUUUGAUUAACCGCAGUAUUUAUUGUGCCAAUCUAGUCUUUUGAGCCUUUAUUGUAGUCUUAUUUUUCUUCUGGAUGAUGGCGAAGUAUGAAAAACACAAUGUAUCUGAAGUGCCACAGUGCUUUGAAGCCUUCUUAUAAGGAGCUACGAUAUUAUAAGGACCACAAGUAGGGGCUUGUUCAACACUCAAGGUUAAGGUGGAUGCAAAGCCAUACAGAUGGGCUGCAGGACUCUGAAUGUGGACCUUCCUGGUCUAGCAGUAACAUUCUGAUGUAAGAGGGCUGUAAAUAUUUAUAAACCAUUUUUUGUCAAAUAACACAUGGAGUGUCAAAACCAGGCCAUAAGCUUUCAGUUUCUACAUGCCACAUUAUGAUAGUGUACAUGCUUACACUGUGUUAUAGAUUUUCACCAUGUGGGAGAUUUUAACCACCUGCUGAACUGCAACCUCUUACCAAUUAAAUGUA